AUGGGAGAGUUCGAGGACCAGUGGGAGGAUGAGUUUGAGUCUGAGGAGGAAUACGUCGAGGCUGGCGAGGAUGGUAUGGAUGUCGAUGAUGAGGAUGAGGAGGAGGAGCAGGUCGAGGAGACCGAGGUCUGGCUUCCUAAUAAGAAGUUGGGGAAGGAUGAGGUGUUGGAGGCGGAUCAGAGUGUAUACGAGAUGCUGCAUACCAUGAACGUUACAUGGCCAAGUCUGUCGUUCGACGUGCUGUGGGAUAACCUCGGAGAGGAGCGAAGCACUUUCCCAGCUACCACCUACCUCGUCACCGGUACUCAAGCCGCAAAACCCUCCGACAACGAGAUCACGAUCAUGAAGCUCUCCUCUCUCAACAAAACCCAAGUCCACGACGAAGAAUCCGACGAUGAAGACGAAGCCGAGGAAGGCGACCCAAUCAUCGAACAUCGUUCCGUCAAAAUCAACUCCGGCACCAACCGCAUCCGCGCAACCCCCAAGACCUGGUCCCAAAACCACCUCGUCGCAACCAUGAUGGAAUCUGGCGAAGUCCACAUCUUCGACAUCGAGCCCCAAGUUCAAUCCUUCGAUAUCCCAGGCGCUCAACUCCACAGUGCCCAAGCCCCCCUCCACACCAUCAAAUCCCACGGCAGGACCGAGGGCUUCGCAGUGGAUUGGCACCCCACCCAACCUCGCCUCCUCACAGGCGACUGCGCCGGAAAAAUUUACCUCACCUCCCGCAACGACGCCGGACAAUGGUCAACCACGGGUCCAUUCACCGGCCACACCGCGUCCGUCGAAGACGUCCAAUGGUCCCCCUCCGAACCCACGGUCUUCGCAUCCUGCGCUUCAGACGGCACCCUCAAAAUCUUCGACACCCGUUCCAAAACCAAGAAACCCGCGCUCUCGAUCAAUGCACACCCCAACACGGACGUCAACGUCCUCACGUGGAACAAACGCGUAAACUACCUCCUUGCGACUGGUGCGGAUGAUGGACGGUUCAGUGUUUGGGAUUUGCGGACGUUUGGGAAGGGAAAGACGCCGGAGCCGGUUGCGACGUUUAAGUGGCACACAGCACCUAUCACGUCCAUCGAGUUCCACCCCACUGAGGACUCUGUCCUCGCUGUCGCUGGUGCGGACGAUCAAGUCACCCUCUGGGACCUCUCCGUCGAGCUCGAUGCGGAAGAAGAGGCUGGGCGGAGGGAAUUGGCGAAAGCCGGGGGUAUGGAGGUUCCCAGUCAACUGAUGUUUGUGCAUCAGGGGCAGGAGCAGAUCAAGGAGGUGCAUUGGCAUCCGCAGAUUCCGGGAGUUGUGGUCAGUACGGCGGGCAAUGGUUUUAAUGUUUUCAAGACGAUUUCUGUCUAG